AUGGGUACAUCAUUUUGGCUCGAGAGUGGUUUAGAAAAUAUUCAACAAUGUAACAGAAAAAAUUGCAUUGCCAUAGCGGACAAAAUUCUGAAAAAAAAACAGAUCACUAAAAAUGAAAUGGAUUAUAAGACUGUGCUUGAUACUCCAGAAUAUUACUUAAGAAAAGAAGUUCAAUAUGUACGCAUAUGCAAUAUAUUUCCCUUAAAUACACAGUCACUUUUCAUACGCCUCUGUUCCAGGAAACUCCCGAAGAAAGUCCUAGUGGUGUGUUUCAUGUUUCUGGUAUGCAUCUGUUACUUGUGGAAUGAGGAAAGUUUAACAAAAUUAAAGAACGAUCGGUCCUUACUAUACAAACGCGGCGAGCCUUCAGAGAUUGCCCCUCCUAUGUGGUGGGCCAAAUUUUUGUGUAAAAAGUACUCCAAAGAGACUAACAAUAGUAUCGUCUUACCAGUACUAAUGAGAGACGUGACACCUUCACUGGACAAAAACGUGUUUUUGAUCGAAAGCGCGUGCAAGGCCAAGCCUACCUAUCGUGCAUGGUGUGCCGUGGAAAGUUUCAGCCGCGUGAAUCCGGAAGCAGACGUGUGGUUCGUAAUAACGUCACCAACAGUAGACAACGCCGACGGUCUUCCUGCUCGUCUUCUCGAACGUUACUCGAACCUCUACGUAGUUACGACGGAUCUGGAGACUGUGUUCAAGAACACGUCGCUUGAAGAUUUUUUCAUGUCCGGAUUAUGGCACAAGGGCACGCCUUGGCCGAUAAUACAGCUAAGUGACAUCUUGAGGGUCGCGCUGGUGUGGCGAUUCGGAGGCUUCUACAACGGACAUCGACACGGUUUGCCUCAAGGACAUCUUUCCGCUGCAGAACUUUGUCAUCGGCGGCCAUUACCCCAGGAACCAAAUAGCCAACGGAGCGUUUCACUUCCUGCACCACCAUCAGGUCAUGGAGGACUUAAUGACGAAGAUGAUCGAGGGAUAUAAACCAAGUCUGUGGGGAUCAAUGGGACCCUUCACGUGGACCAGAUACAUCAAGAAACUUUGCAAGAUACCAGACAUGCAGCACUUGUUUCCUGAUAACAGUUCGGAGCCCAUCAAGUGUGGCAACAUUUCCAUUCUCCCCGAAGAGUACCUACUGCCGUACCCAUGGUGGGAAUUUAAACAACUCUACGUACCUGGGAAAUGGCAGGAAUUUAUGGCU